AUGAAGAACCGACUAUUCUCCCUCACCACGCUUUCCCAACGGAAAUCCCCGUUCCCUUCCUUCCACCGCAACCUUUCGACGACUGUCACGCCGCCCUCCAAUCCGCCUCCUAAUCCGCACCCAAACAAGACAUUGCUUCAGGACCUCUCCCCCACCGCAUUCAACUACUACUGGGAGAGACCAGAGCCCACCGAAGAACAACUAGCCUACGCCAACAAGUUCUUCGCGCGUUCUCGCCACUCCCCAUUCCGAGUAUGGUCCGCGGCCAAAUUCCGCACGACGCCGGUCGAUACCGGGACGCCUGAAGUAGCGUUCCUGGGGCGGUCGAAUACCGGGAAAAGCUCCUUGUUGAAUUGCAUUAUGGAUGACAAGAUAUGCUAUGCGUCGUCGAAACCCGGCCGGACAGUGACGAUGAAUGCGUUCGGAGUUGGAGGGACGAAGGGCGGCGAGUCGAAGGUCAUACUGCUCGAUAUGCCGGGGUACGGAAAAGGCAGUAGAACGGAAUGGGGACAAGAGAUCAUGAAGUAUCUGAAGAAGAGGAAGCAGCUCCGACGCGCCUUCAUCAUGAUAGACGGAGAACACGGCAUCAAGCACUCCGAUAAGGAAAUCCUUGAGCUGUUUCGCCGCUACGCGAUCCCACACCAGGUGAUCGUCUCGAAAGUUGAUAAGAUCCUGGCGAAGAGAAAGAGCCAGCUCCUGACAGGAGUCACGGAUGAGAAUAUACUUGCGGUGCAUAAAACGCUGGAAAAGUUGAAGCCGAUUGUUCAGCCCACUGGUCGAACAGAGGGCCCCCCUGCUUUGGGUGAGUUAUUGACGAGUAGUUCGUUGGCUUACAGAAGCCCCAGGGAUUACGUGGGAGUCGCUGCCAUCCGCUGGGCUAUUCUGUCCGCUGCUGGAUACGACGGCGCAGUGGAGGUGAAGGCCGAACAACCCGUAUCUCCGGACUCGACCACCUCUGAGGAGGAGCCUUGA